UCCACCGCAGCAGGAGACCAUCUCAAAUCAAAUCCUAAUAUACAUCUCCUCAUUUUCCUUUUCACAAACUUGCCUUCUAAACCUCAAAUCUUUAGUCAACUCUUUACCAAUUUUUCAUUUUUUUUAUCUUCCCAUGUCAUCUUUAAUGGCACCCCACCACUUUCCUUCUCUCCCUCUCUCUCUCUUCUUUCUUUUUAAAUAAAAACCCUUUUUAGGACUUCCUUCAGUUGUCACUUUAUAUUGUUCUAUAUGUUCUUGUCAACCCCCAAAAAUAAUGAAAUUUGAAGACUUUCUAAUGGAGCCAACACCAGAUGAGCAUCAGCAGCAUAAACUUGAUCUUGAGAGUCAAGUUAUGAAGUUGCAAGCAGAAUUGCAUGGUGAACAGGCCCUCAACAAAGCUCUUCAUUGGGCUCUUCAUGGUCCUCUCUUGUCUCAUCCUCAUGUUUCUUCUACUUUGCCCCCUCAGGUAAGCCUACUCUUUUCUGCAUUGGGAUUUUUUGUAUGAAUGGCUUCUUUUCAAGGAUCCAACUCAGUUGCACCAUUCAAGCUAUGGGUUUUUUUGCCUUUUGUUAAUGAAAUUACCAAAGUAAACAAAAUACAUGUGUGACGGGCUAGCUCCUCAAUUCUCCAUCUCGCUUCUAUAUCUGGCUCCUCAAUACACGUUUCUCUCCUUCUUUCUCUGUUUGUUUCCUCUAUGUUCCCUCGAUUCUCGUUCUUUCUCUUUGAUCUCACAACAAUGCAUGCUCGCUCUCCAACUUCCAUCGUGAAAGAGGAAGGACAAAAGAAGAAAGCUUUUAUAUUGAAGAAGAGAAAGAGAAAGAAGAUGGUACAACAAGAAGCGAGAAUUGGGAGGAGAAGCAAGGUCCAUCAUGCUUGCAUUUUUUGUAAUUUUGAUAAUUUCAUUCACGUGCAGUUGGUUAUGAAAGAAUUGGGAGCAGUGGAAAGAGAGAUUGAUAGAUUAGAAAAAAAGGUUGAAGAGUUGAAAUUCAACUUAUACAAAGAGAAGGAACAAAAUAAGGAAUGGGAAAUUCAGCAGCGCCUCAGAAGUCUUUGCCAACAAAACUUGCUCUUAAAUGGACCUGAAAAUAAUAGCAACUCACAGAUUAAUGGCCAAAGAUCAAGAUCUCAGCAUUAUGAUGAACUUAGAAAAGAUAUAAUGCUUAGUGAAAGGAGAUUCUCUUCAAGUGCUGCUUCUGAUAUCCAAAUUACCAUGUCUUCUACUGGUGCUAGGAAGAAUAUGACAAGAAGCCGAAACCAAAGUCAAUUCGACAAAGGACCUUGCAUUGAAACACCAAAUGAGAUUUCAGAACAGUUGAUUAAGUGUCUCAUAAGCAUUUAUCUUGAUCUUAAUCAGCCAUCAAACAACAGCCAAACUUCACCAAAUAUACCAAAACAUGGCCUUUCAUGUAUCAACUCAAAGCGCUCCAUUGCAAAGACAAGCUUUAGUUGCAAAGCGCCUCAACUCACCUUGUCUUUUGAUUAUAGCUCAUCCAAUCCCAAUCCCAAUCCCAAUCCUUAUAGUAUAUUGCUCGACUCAGAAGGAACUGUGAGGGAUAUUGGCCCUUAUAAGAACUUCAUCCAUAUAACACGAACGUCUUUCGACAUCCGUAGAUUGCCUGAGUGCUCGCCGUCAAUCAGAAAAUUGAGGGUUUUGAUUCAUAAGCUGAGGAGUGUGGACUUGACCUUCUUGACAUACAAACAGAAGUUAGCAUUUUGGAUAAACAUAUAUAACUCCUCUAUAAUGCAUGCAUUUCUCGAACAUGGACAGCCAUCAACAAUUGAAAAACUCUUGGCUUUGAUGAACAAGGCUGCUCUUAAUGUUGGUGGGAUAGUUCUCAAUGCUCUGGCUAUUGAACAUUUCAUUCUUCGUCAUCCAAGCGAAGCAGAAACAAAAUAUCCUUUGGAUGAGAAAGAAAUGCUGCUUCGACAUGCUUAUGGCUUAGGAUAUCCAGAACCAAAUGUGACAUUCGCAUUGUGUCGAGGCAGUUGGUCAUCACCUGCAUUAAGGGUGUACACUGCAGAGGACGUGGUGAAUGAGUUGGGGUUGGCAAAAGUGGAGUACUUGGAAGCAUCAGUAGGGAUGACAAGCAAGAAGAAGAUAAUGGUGCCAAAGCUUCUUCAAUGGCACAUGAAAGACUUUGCAGACGACAUGGAAUCACUGUUGGAAUGGAUUUAUAGCCAACUUCCUCGUUCUGCAACCUUGAAGAGGUCUAUAAUGGAGUGUUUGAAUGGUGAAACUAAAUCCCCUGUUAAUAAAAUGGUGGAAAUCCAACCUUAUGAUUCCGAGUUUCGAUACUUACUUCCCAUGUAGUCUAAAUUUGUAUGCAAAUGCAAUUUUUUUUAUUUAUUCAACCUGUCUGGUUAGGAAAGUCUUAGCCAUGUAAUCUUCAUUUGCAUUAUGCUAAAUAAAUGGUCAUCUCUUCCCCAGAAA